AUUUUCACUCAAAAUAAAUAAAAAACCUUCUCGCAUCUUCCUCGUACUCAGAGAGAGGACGACGGUGGUGAUGAUGAUCAUCAAAAGCUUUUGAACAAAUUAAAAACACUAUAAAAAAAACACAAAAAGAAAAAGAAAAAAAUCUUUGUAUAUACUUAAAAAAGAACAGAGUAAAAAAUGAACGACUUAUUCUCAAAUUCAUUCAAGAAGAAUCAGGCUCAGUUGGGCGAUGUCGAGGCAGGUCAAGAAACGAUGAAUCUCGACAAAUUCUUCGAGGAUGUGGAGAAUGUGAAGGAUGACAUGAAAGGAGUCGAGAGUCUUUACAAGAAGCUUCAAGACUCGAACGAAGAAUGCAAGACGGUGCACAAUGCCAAGAAGGUGAAGGAGCUACGAGCUAAGAUGGAUGGAGACGUAGCACAGGUCCUUAAGAGAGUCAAAAUCAUCAAGCAGAAGCUCGAAGCCUUAGAGAAAGCGAACGCUAAUAGCCGUAAUGUCCCGGGUUGUGGACCCGGUUCGUCUACGGACAGGACUCGGUCGUCUGUGGUUAGCGGUCUCGGGAAGAAACUCAAGGACUUGAUGGAUAGUUUCCAAGGUCUACGUGCUCGUAUGAACGCUGAGUAUAAGGAAACCGUAGAGCGCAGAUAUUUCACAGUAACAGGAGAAAAAGCGGACGAGCAAACAAUCGAUAACUUGAUUGAGAGCGGUGAGAGCGAAAAUUUUCUCCAAAAAGCGAUUCAAGAGCAAGGAAGAGGUCAGAUCAUGGACACGAUAUCCGAGAUCCAAGAAAGACACGACGCAGUGAAGGAGAUUGAGAAGAAUCUACUCGAGCUGCACCAAGUUUUCUUGGACAUGGCAGCGCUAGUGGAAGCGCAAGGGCAACAGUUAAACAACAUAGAGAGCCAUGUGGCGAAGGCGAGCUCGUUUGUGAGAAGAGGGACGGAUCAGCUUCAAGACGCAAGGGAGUACCAAAAGAGCUCGAGGAAAUGGACUUGUUACGCCAUCAUUCUCUUCAUCGUCAUUUUUAUCCUCCUUCUUAUUCCCGCUCUGCCCCAUAUUAUGCUUAUGUUGAAGUGAGGUUGCUAGAGAGUUUGAUCUUGAUUCCCAAAAUCAUCCCUUUCGCUUAUUCUUUCUUCUUCUUCUUUUUGCUUUAUGGGAUGGGAUAGUUAGAUUUCGGUGAAACCAUGGAAAAGAAUUUGUAGAAAAAGCUUUGAAACACCUGUUCGUUAUUACUAAUGUAAAUCUUUUAUGACAUCCUGAGUUUUGGAUCCAUUAUCUUCAUUUUAGUGCUUAAUGUGACAACGUUGUGUAUAUAUGUUACAAAGAGGCAUAUGCAUUGUAAUUUUAAUACCUGCCUUCCUUU